AGUUGGAGUUGGAGUUUCGUCCGGUCUACAGCGUUGAAGCCCACCGCAGCGAUGGCGUCCUCUGCCUCGCGUCUGCUCCUGACCGUGCUGGUCUCUCUGGCGGUUCUCUCCGUAUCCGGCGUCACCCCCACGCCGCCAAAGACGGUGAACCCGCCGCUGGUGAAGCCCAAGCUGCCGCUGAAGCCGUACCCGGGCCUGCGGCUGCCCACUUGCCAGAUCUGCUCGAAGUGGUGCCCGCGCUGCCUGCUGCCCGGUAACCCGUUCGAGCCGGUCGUCUGUACUGCUUUUUUUCCCAGAUGGUACUUUGACUUCAGCCAGCAGCGCUGUGUGCACUUCAUCUACGGCGGCUGCGGAGGCAACGCCAACCGAUUCUCGUCAGAGAAGGAGUGUCUCAACACCUGCAGAAGGUUCAUUUUCCCACGCAAGGGGUAAACCGAACGACCAGCCGACGGGACUACCACUGGAAGCAUCUGCCGUGAACGAUGCAAACUGUCGUGACUUCUGCAACCUAACUUCAGUCGCUGAGAGCUGCGUUAUACAGAAGCAAAUGAUAUGCUGUCCCGCGACUGGAUGCAAUUUUAACCGUCUUCAUUUUGGAUUCCUUGAUCCGGGAUAUACUUUACCUACAUACAUUUUAGGUGCAUAGGUACACACAAAUAUAAGCAUGAUGUGCUAGAUAAAUAAAUGCUCUCUUCUUCGUAA